AUGCCUGCACUUCCCACUGCUCUCGAGGACGCCUGGAACAGUGCUCUACCGAGCCUCACGCAAAUAACGGUGUCAUUAGCUUCCGGUGGCAACGAACGACCUCGUAUCAUCCGCGUGGGGCAGCUCGACUCUGAACUCCUUGACCAAGAACUCGCAUACCUUCUUCAAGAGCCGAUAAACAAGGCGUUGGCGCUCAUUAGCACAACGCUGAAGACACGCUUCGAGCCCGAACUCGCGUUGCUAAUUCAACUGACACUGUACAAGUUCUCCAUCUGGAAUAAUGGUGCAAGCUAUGGGGCAAAGCUACAGGAUUUAAGAUAUGUGGUGCCCAAUAGUGCAGGCAAAAUUCUAACACCAUCUGGUCUCCCUCGAGAUACUUUGUUGGUGCAUGGCACCCUGACAAUAAUCCUACCGUAUAUCCAUAAUCGCGUUCGUACUCAUGCAUUAUCACAAGCAUGGCCCGACGCCCCAUCACUGGACCACCGUCGAAAAGCUUGGGAGCUUCUUAACUCUCUUGAAUCUUUGUACGGCCUCCUCGGACUUGUAAACUUUGUCGCGUUCCUUUGGAGCGGAAAAUAUCGAACACUAGCAGACAGACUAUUAACAAUGAGUCUUACGCCUUCCCGAAGAUUGGUCAAACGCGACGUGAGCUAUGAGUUCAUGAACCGCCAAAUGGUUUGGCACGCGUUCACAGAAUUCCUAUUAUUCCUGCUGCCCCUAAUCAAUGCAAGGACGGUUCGUCAGCGAAUAUAUCGUAUGACGGCUUUCCUUUCCCCUUCAUCACUGUCCUUGCUGUUGCCAUUCCGCGGACUUCUGGGCCUUCCUUCUGAAAAGGCGGUCGGAAAAGCUCCUCAGAAGCGAGGAAAAUACUACGCACUCUCCGAAGAUCAAUGCGCGAUAUGCGUCGAAAAUGCCAUGUUCAACCUCAACGUCUCUGAACAAAGCAACAUGUUUACUGUUCUGGCGGAGAACUCCAACUCGUCGACAGCAGGUGGUUCUUCAGACCUGGAUCCUCCUGCACAUCCCAUUUACAACCCAUAUCAAACAUCCUGUGGUCACGUCUACUGCUAUCACUGCGUCGCAGAACGCAUAAUGCGGACAGCAGAUGACGUGGAAGAUGACCUCGGAUGGGAAUGCUUGAGGUGCGGAGAGGAGGUCAAGGAAGCGCACAGAUACACUGUCGACAUCACGGAAAGUGAGGUCAGCGAGAGCGACUACGAGUUCAGCAGUGAUCUAGACUUGGGCACAGAUUUGUCCGGUUCUAUGGGAAGCUACAGCGAGUCGGGCUUUUCAGAAUGA